AUGAAAAAUAAAGCCAACUCUUAAAUACCAUUUCCAAUAGCUUAUAGUAAAAUGAACCAUUUCCAAUUGCCAUUGCUUGGAAAGAAGAAAAGAAAGGCUCAUACUAAAAAUCCUUUUAAAACAAAAAUCUACUAUAUUCCUGAUGACACUGUUAUGAGAGUGAAAUGUUUAGACGGUUUCUUGAUGAUUAAUGUAACCAAUAAUGAUAAUCCACAUGAAAUAAUCAGAGCAAAUUUAUCAAGACUACGUAUAUAAAGUAGUAAACCUGAGGAUUUUCAAUAUUUUCUGAAUUUGUAAGAUUUGGAUGUCUCUGAGAAUUAAUUACUAUUAGAAGAUUUGACUCCAUUCCCAGCAUUAAAAAAUUUAAAGAUUUGUGCAAACAACAUUAGAAAUAUAGAAAUCUCUCAUAAAAAUACUUUUGAGUCAUUAUAACAUCUUGAUUUAUCAUUUAACUAUUUAAACAAAGAAGCCAUAAGUUCCUUAAAACAUAUUACAGAAUUGAAGGAACUUUAUUUAGUUAGAAAUGAAUUACUUGAAUUGCCAACUGAUAUGGCAGAAUUCACAAAGUUAGAAUUGUUAGACAUUAGUGAUAAUGCAUUUUAAUCUAAUCAAACAGCUUCAGUCUUAUGGGAAGUUUUAGGAUAGAUACCUGAACUUAAAACGCUAAAUAUUAGUAAGAAUUUCUUAAGAGGUAUUCAUACUGAAAGGUUGGUUGUUGGAUAUUUCAAUAAAUUAGAAACUUUAGAUUUCUCUUAUAAUAUUGCUGAAAAUUAGCAUAAUCUAAUAUGUGCUCGUAAUUUCACUAAUCUCAAGAAAAUUAUUAUUACAGGAAAUCCAUUUGGAAUUACCAGAGAUCAUUAAGGUUUGGAAAUGGAAAUUCAUGCCAGAACAGGAGGUAUUUUGAUAAAUGAAGAAAUCGAAAAGUCUUAUCUUAAGAAACCUAAGGUCAAGAAACCUCCUUGUAAAUUUGAAUAAUUAAAGAGAGUUGAAAAUGAUAUUCUUAAAUUACCAGUCAUCGAACAAUCUAAGGAUGGGUUCUUGUUAUAAAAUGAAGAGGAAUAAUCUCAAAUUGAUGAGAAUUAAGAGGACAACAUGUUUGUAACUGAAAAUUAACAAAUUAAAUAACAAUAAUAAAAAAUACAGUAACAAUAUUAAUUGUUAAACAAUAAUUAAAAACCAUAAUCUUAUGAAGAAUUUAAAAAAUUAGCCUAAGAAAUACUAGGUGAUAGCAAAGAAUAUGAUUAAAAUUAAAAUUCCUCUGGAAGACCAGUAUUGGAUUUAACUAAGGCAUACCAAUAAUUAAAAAGUGUUAUUAACAAACCAGAAGUUGUUGAUUAUGAAGAUUAUAAAGAACCUAAUUAUAUGAAACCUACAGCAAGUAUUCCAAGAUACAAAUAUUAAUAUUUAUGUAUUAUAGAAGUUGAUGAUCCUGAAGAUGAAAGUAUUUAAAAGAGAACUGAUAAUAUUAUUAAUUCUGAGGAAAAUGAGGACUUUAAUCUUGAAUUAUUAUAGUAAGGAUAAAACUAAGCACAUAUUUAAUAAUGA